AUGAGCUUGGUUGUUGUUGUGAGGGUCUAUAACACUUCGCGUCAAUUUUUGUCGGAAACAGAGACCAUCUCCUGGGGAGAAUCGAGAAUUUGUGAGUGCUCCAGUGCGCCAGUAAAAACUGCUUCGGCUCCUUUGAGCAACUCACUGAAUUAUACUGGUCUGGACUGGACUGGACUGGUGGAAGAAGAAGCAGAUGGAGAAAGUGUAAUGGAGGGAGGUAGAAUGAGGGAGAGAGGAGAGGGAGGGAAAGGAGAUGGAGACCCCUGCGGCAAGGGUGAGUAG